UCCACGCUCAGGCUAGUACGAAUUCAAGAGCAAAACCAUUCGGACGUAAAUCUCAAAAAUUCUGUCUUCCCGUCGCGUUUUCGCCGUUUAUUAUCUGUGAUUUUUUUUAAGUUCUGAAAUAUGGGAAUGGUGGGUCCAUUCGUGAGGUUGUUGAUAGUCACAAUUGGCAUCGUGACCUAUUUUCAGCCAGGUUUAUCGCUAGCUCUACAUGCAAAAUGCACAACGCCUACCCAGGCAGACGGAAGCUGCGUUUAUCUGGAUGAGUGUCCCCAAACGGUGGCCAUCCUGAAGAAGCGACUAAUGUCCCGUGAAGAACGUAACUUCCUGCAGGCCAGCCGAUGUGGCCAAACUAAAGAAGGUCGAAACCUGGUCUGCUGUGCUAAUCCGGUGAUCGAACAAAGUAACGAACUGCCGGCAACGAACGAAUGCGGCCUCGAUUUGGGCGAUCGCAUCGUCGGCGGUCAACAGACGGAUCUGGAUGAGUUCCCGUGGUUGGCACUACUAAAAUACCGUAAACCGAAUGGGGUCACCGGGUUCCACUGUGGCGGCUCUCUCAUCAAUGUGCGCUACGUCCUGACGGCAGCCCAUUGCGUGCAACAUGGGAAGUGGGAUAUCAUCGGAGUACGGUUGGGGGAAUACGACACCUCGAACCAGGGUCCGGAUUGUAUUAACGAUGCUUGUGCCGAUGCACCCCUGGACGUUGGCGUUGACAAGGUUAAAGUCCAUGAAGGCUAUCGAACCAAGGACAACGUAAACGAUAUAGCGCUAGUUCGGAUGGAUCGGAACAUUCCUUUCGGGGACUACAUUCAUCCGAUUUGUUUGCCUUUGACGAGUACUGCCAGGACCCGAAAUAUUGAGGGAUCCAGACUUACGGCGGCCGGUUGGGGGAAAACCGAGCAUGGAACUGGCAGCAGAGUGAAGCUAAAGAUCGAUCUGGAGGUAACGGACCAAUACAGCUGUACGUCGGUGUAUCAACAGCAGCGUAUUAGCAUCCGAGAUACGCAGAUCUGUGCCGGUGGAGAUCACGGGAAGGAUACCUGUUCCGGAGAUUCCGGUGGACCGCUGAUGUUGCGGGAUGGGUACAAUUUUUUCCUCUAUGGGGUGGUCAGUUUCGGGCCGAGUAAGUGUGGUAUUGCUGGAGUGCCCGGUGUUUAUACCAACGUGCCGAAGUAUAUCGACUGGAUCAAGAAAAAUAUGGAGUAGAGUGAGAGGGUUUGAGAGGUCGGGAACUUAUCUGUCGAUAAAUCGUUGAU